CUCGCCGACGCGCCGGACUCCGAGCGGCCGCGCCAUGGGGCUGCCCCCGCGCCUGCUGCUGCUGCUCCUGCUCGUGCUCCCCGCCGCGCUGCUGCUCCGCGGCGGCCCCGGAGGGUCAUUAGCAACAGCCCAAGAUCUUACAGAAGAUGAAGAAACAGUUGAAGAUUCUGUGAUUGAAGAUGAAGACGACGAAGCAGAGGUGGAAGAAGAUGAACCCACAGAUUUGGCAGAAGAUAAAGAGGAAGAUGAUGUAUCUGGUGAGCCUGAAGCGUCCCCAAGUGCAGACACAACCAUCCUGUUUGUGAAGGGAGAAGAUUUUCCGGCAAACAACAUCGUGAAGUUCCUGGUCGGCUUCACAAACAAGGGGACGGAAGAUUUCAUUGUCGAGUCCCUGGACGCCUCCUUCCGCUACCCUCAGGACUACCAGUUCUACAUCCAGAACUUCACGGCUCUUCCCCUAAACACCGUCGUGCCGCCCCAGAGGCAGGCCACCUUCGAGUAUUCCUUCAUCCCCGCGGAGCCCAUGGGCGGCCGGCCCUUUGGCCUGGUCAUCAACCUCAACUACAAGGACUUAAACGGUAACGUGUUCCAGGAUGCCGUCUUCAAUCAAACGGUUACAAUCAUCGAAAGAGAGGAUGGGCUAGAUGGAGAGACAGUCUUCAUGUACAUGUUCCUUGCUGGCCUUGGGCUCCUAGUGGUCAUCGGCCUGCAUCAGCUCCUGGAGUCUAGGAAGCGCAAGAGACCCAUGCAGAAAGUGGAGAUGGGCACUUCCAGCCAGAAUGACGUGGACAUGAGCUGGAUUCCCCAGGAAACGCUGAACCAGAUCAAUAAAGCUUCGCCACGCCGAUUGCCCAGGAAGCGGGCACAGAAGAGAUCAGUGGGAUCUGACGAGUAAAUGUUCCCUUGUGCACCAGUCCAGUCCGCGCUUAGCCCGCCUGGGUGCCUGGCCCGGCUGGUCAAUGCAGGCGAGCCCCGCGGCAGUAGCCCCGCCCAUGUGGACCCAGCCCGUGCGGGCCGCGGCGUGUCCGAGCGCACGGUUCUCAUUUUUCUAAAGUAACAAAUUUGGUUUGUUUUAAACCGUUAAAAGUGCUGUGUGUGCGUGUGUGCACGAGCAGUGGCCGCCCGCACCGCUUCCAGACCGCCUUCAGGGUGCUGGCUGCGCGCCCUGCUCCUCACUGGCGCCCCACCGCUGCUGCCGGGUGGCUGAGCUGUGCCUGCCUGGGCCGGGCGACAGCAACAACGCGUUUCUUCUGAUAAGCCCAGAUCAGCCGGGUGCCGACCAGCUGCCCGUCCUGCUGCCCUCGCCGGUGCCCUGAAGGCCGCGCGGCCUGCUGCUUGCCCGCCCCAGCCCUUGCGGUGUUUGCUGCUGUUGCUGCCACGCCCACCUUCCCAAAACACCCCCUGAGCUCAAAGAGCGGGGAUCUCUGUCGCACCAUGGUCGAGACACGGCAGAGCCCUGCUGAUCGGAUCUAGAAAACCAGCCCCUCCUUUUUUUUUUAACAAAAAAAGAAAAAGAAAAUGGUACAUUUGUGAGAACUAAGUUGUCCUGCGCUGUUCUGUCUCUGACCCAAGGGGGAGCUCGGGAGGGCU